AUGCACGAAGCGAUACUAAGUCUUCACAACUCGCCAGGGAGCCUCUUGUCAGCUGAUCGGAGAUUCUGCUCCACCCUCGAUAGCAGCGUACGCCGGAGCACUCCGCAGGUGCUGCAACCGCCUCCGCCGUCUCGCUUACCGAGGCGGGUAAGCUCGCCACCACUCACAUCGCCGUCGACCACGGUGGCGAGAGAAAGCUCCAGCGGAUCAGAAAGACACCGCGGGGCACCGCAAGGCCCCAGUUUCGAUUCCAUCGCUGCCAUGAACAAACGGACGCAAGAAGGACUCGCCACGUCGCACCUGGACACGCCAGAUUCGCGCGAUAGUAGUACCCUUGAUCGCAGUCAGUGCCAGAGCCUAGACCUGCCCCCCAAGAACCGAGGAGGCAUGCGGAAGCGGAGCGGUGGGGUUGAUAUGGCCUCAGAGGUCUCCUCCAACUAUCGCACCGGGGUGGGUGCCACGCUAGCUGAGGCGGCGGGCGUCGCUGGUGGCACGAUUGCGUCGGAUGAGAUGGACCGCAGGAGUGUGAGCGGAUCCGGCGGGCCGAGCUGCAGAACCGGCUCCUUGCUGACCAUCGACUACUCCGGCAGUCCUCUCACGGUGGCGGUCAACAGUGCGAACGCGAACAACGCCAUGAAAAAGGCGAGCAGCGCUGCUGGUGCGGACAGUGUUUCGAUUAGCAGACCUGUACGUCUCAGCUUGACUCCAUCGACGCCGCUUGCCGAAGCGGCAUCCGGCUCAGCGGCUUCGAACGCCACACAGUCGAAGGCGUCAUCGAGCCCUUUAGUGGCACAGCCAGAGGUUGUGAACACGCCACUAUCCCUGAUGCGCCAAGCCCCGCUAAAGUCGCCUAGCGGAGUGUCGCGCCACCGCAGUGGCCGCUCCUGGCAGGAUUCAUGUGUCUCUCUUUCUGUAGCGUCCACUAUCUCCGUGGAGGACCCGAGUCACCCGCACCGCAGCCGUCUCGAGAGUUCCGCGUGCUCGUCUUGCACGGGCACGGGAGUGAGCGACUUUCCUAGGCCGGUGCUCAAUCGCCGCGUGCACUUCUUGUUGGAUGAUCCUGCCGGAGGUGGUUUCGCUGCUGCUGAUGGCCCGACGGAGUCUCUGCGGUGCAGCGAUGAUGCCAGAGCGCGGCUUCCGCUUUGCCAACCUGCCUGCUCGAUUGUGGUGUCAACGCCAUCUGAUACGGAUCAAAGGCCGGCCUUCUCCGCGAACAGCAGCAGUAACAGCAAGUCCUCCCUGAGUGCGUCACCUGAGUCACUCAAUGGGCAGCUGCAGCUCGGCCCCUCCCUCGAUCGGUUGUCGACAGCGGUUGCUCAAAGCGGGGGCGCCUCGUUCUUGCUGCACCUCAACAAGAGAGAGGGACGCAUCGAGGCGACGCCAGCCUUCGUCCCGGCCAAAAGCCCGGGCAGCAGUGGCAUCAGGGGCACCGAGGGUGGUGGUGUGUGCUUGAACUCUGCUCUCGCCGCGACGACAGCGUCUGCGACGGGUCUCGCUUCCUCGCGGAGCAGCAGCUCGGGCAUCCACGCUACUGCAACCUACCAGCCGGGCCAGCCGCUGCCCAAGCCAGCGCUAAAGCAGGUCUCUCGAUACAGCGAAGGCUGUAGCGCCGCCGACAGUCACACGGGUUCGAAACCCGUGAGAGAAGGCAGCGAUCGAUGGUCAUGGUGGCGGUCUAACGCCGCGGCGGGUGCUGGCAGGACGGCAGCCGGGUCCCCUGGACCGCCGUCCUUGACGGGUGUGGUGGGACGGCGCUUCACAAGCUACUUGCAAGGAGUGCCCAUUUCUCGACAGCGGCAUCGCGUGCGCGCCGGUGAGGCAUCCGCAACGGCAGGGAGAGCGGCGGUCUCUGGAGGGGUUGCCGUGAGGUCGCCAACGGCGCCCUCUUCAGGGCGGACUGCGGGCAGUCGCGGCAGAAGGGCGGAGCUACUAGUCAGGUUGCGGCUUGUGAAAUGGUCACUGGUGGGCAUGGUGGCGCUCACGUUCUUUUUCUUUAUUCUUAUCGAGCUCGUCGCAGACUGA